GUUCUCGUUGUUGUAGUUCUUCUAACACUUUCUGCAGUCUGCUCGAAGACUUCUUUUUAUCUCUAAUUUCCAUACUCAGAGCUCCAAUCCAAGAAGACGAAGAAGAAUUAACAAGGAUAUGGAGUAUGGGUUUUUCAUGAUUCUGCUCUUCUUCAACCUCAUACUCCCUUCUUUCUCUGGAGAACCUAAUCAAGUCUGCAUAUCUCAAGGUGGGCGUUUCCCACGUUUCUCCUCUGAAGGGAAACCACCAAAAAAGAUAGGUAAGGGGCAUAAAGAUUUAACCCUUUGUAGGGUCUUCAGAAAAAAGACUUGUUGUGAGGCAGCCCAGACACAUCCUGCUUUGCUUUCCAUUAGAAGGCUGGCUUCAACGGGGGAAGCCAACCCAGAGUGCUUGCAUUUAUGGGAGCUAUUGGAAUGUGCCAUUUGUGACCCACAUGUUGGUGUUCAGCCUGGACCUCCACGUAUAUGCAAAUCUUUUUGUGACAGAGUUUUUCAGGCUUGUUCAAAUGCUUACUUUGCAAUGGAUGCAAAGACACAGGUUCUAGCAGCGUGUGGAGUAAAUGACUUUGUUUGUGGUAGAGCUUCUGAAUGGGUCUCUAAUGGGACAGAUCUAUGCCAUGCUGCAGGUUUUGCUGUUAGUGCUGAAGAAACAUCUUGUUAUGGUGGCAAAGCCAGUCUUGACUCUAUAGCUGAUUCAUGGAGGGUUUCAAAAUCUGAGGUGCCCUCAAAAGCAGGGAACUUGGGGCGGUUAGAAGAUUUUCAUCAAUGGGUGCAGGAAAUGCCAUUUAAUGAAAAAGUUUCUUGGGCUGUAGGAGGGCUGGUUCUUACAGCAGGCCUGUUAUUUAUGAGCAAAAGGAAAAGCUACAGCAAACGACAGAAACUUGCAGCUAUUCAACGCACCACAAAGAAAGUAGAAGACAAGAUGAAACAGACAUCCCUUACCAGUCAGGGAAGCCGCAAAGGAAGUCGAAAAUAAGUAUCUUGCUACUGCAGAAUCAGUCAUUUACAGUUAAUUAACAAAUCAGUAGCCAGUGUCUAUGAUCUUUCAAGCUCUUCUUCUGGGACUUUAUUGGUCAAGCUGUUUGUUUACAUGGAAAGGAGAACUAGAAGGUAAGUGAAUCAUUAUGUUGUUAGAAACUUAGAACAUCACAUACAAUUUUGAGGAUGUUGAUGGAAAUAUGUUUUGGUAUAACAUGAACAAAUUCCUUUUCUGUGUCUGACGAUUUUGCUGAGACACAAUUAAAUGACCUCUUGAUCCUUAAUUAUUAUAAAGUGACCAGAUUAGU